AUGGUCGGGAAUAGCGACACGGAUGGGGAAUCCAAGGCCCGGAAGUCCAUAUUCCAGAGAGUCAAGGCCUUCGAGGGGAUACAGCUCUGCGCGACGGCGGCCUGCAUCGCGUUAGCGAUAAACACCAUUUUGGCUGUGAUCGCGUUCGCUCGCGGUUAUUCCCAAAAUAAAAGCAGUGGCUUUGUCACUGUUCUACUCUACGAGGGUAGAUGCUCGAAGACUAAGAACUGGUCAACUGGCCUUCACUUGCUGAUCAACGCACUGGGGACGGUCAUCCUUGGUAGCAGCAAUUACUGUGCACAAUUCUUGGCUGCGCCAACGAGGGAAGAUGUGGAUGGGGCGCAUGCACGAGGCUCCUGGCUUGAUAUCGGCGUUCCCAGUGUUCGAAAUAUUCGGGCUUUGGGGCGGAAGAGAAAAGCUAUAUGGGCUAUUCUGAUGUUGUCGACUAUUCCUAUUCAUGCAUUCUAUAACUCCGUCGUGCUAAAUGCAGAAAGCUCGAAUGGAUACGACGUCUUCAUUGCACCGGCUGACUACAAUGGCUCCAAUCCCUUGGACUCUACAAAAGUAGCAACGCAAUGCAUCGAGUCCCACGUGAAUACAUCCCUCUCCAAAUUCAACUCAGCAGUGGCAAAAGGAGACUUUCAAGUACUCACUACGGAGCAAUGUGUGAACAAGUUCGCCGUCGACUUUCUGACAGGCGAACAAACAGUCGUGGUCUUGUCGAACAAUCUUACAUGGGACAUGCAAUACCCCAUCAAGUUCACGGGACAAGGGAAUUCCCCCGCCUCAUAUGAUCUCAUCGCAGCGGACAGCCCGAUUCUGUGGAUGUGUUCAUGGAACUACACAACAUCGUGUUUAAAGAGUCUUAUACAAAGCCAAAUGCCGAACUGGCAGGUCGCCGAUACUCGCUGGGAAGGACCGAAAUGGUCCAUCACUUUUCCUACCGAUAAUGGGAGUACUACCUACACAGAGAAAUCAAAUAAAGAGUGCCCUUUCCCGUCUACCGCAGAAUGCGAGGACCUGGACCAUUUGCAAAAUAUUGCAUGGCUUGAUGUUCCCCCGACAGCACAGUUGUUCCAGAAGUAUUUGGACAUAUCCGAUUGGGAAAAUAAGACAUGGGCCGAAGAAGUCACCUUCCAGAAUACGGGAUCUCAAUGCUUCGAAGGUCGAAUUGAAGAAGACAUGGACCCGGCUGGGGGCUCGAUGGACAUCUUCUCAGGUCGCUUCACAGUUGCAGGAUGUGUUAGCGCCGAGACAGAACAGCACUGCCAGCUACUCUUUGUGCCGUCGUUCUCACUCGUGGUCAUCAUCUGCACUGCCAUCAAGGUGGCGUGCAUUCUGUUUCUCGCACGACAAGAACGCGUGCGUCGACUUCUUACAGUCGGAGACGCUAUCGCCUCGUUCCUGUCUAACCCCGAUCCACUCACGAAGGGGAAAGGAUUAACACCGAAAGCCGAGUGGACGAGGCCUCAUCGCUCCCUGCGAGGCACCAAGAAUCACCAUAGCUAUGUGGCCGUAUCUCAACAAAAGCUGUCUGGGGCCAAGAGGAGAUGGUGGGAAGCCGGAGCCAUGGAGCAGUGGCUAGCCACGUUCGUACUAUCCUUUGGAUGCCUCAGCGUCGCAGCAAUCCUCCUCCACCGAGGCCUCCAAGAUACCCGACUCGCCUCAAUGGGCGGAACCAGCAUGUCAACUCUCUGGCGAUACGGCCUCGGCUCCGCAACCCCAUACACAAUAAUCUACCGCGUUCAGUCCUCGAUACUCGGAAACGUGCUAUUAGCCAAUUUGCCCCAACUUCUCAUUUCACUCUCCUACUAUUUCUACAAUUCCAUCCUUACAACCAUGAUCAUGGCUUCGGAGUAUGACAGCUACGCAGUGCGCGGUCGUCGUGGAGCUUCAAUCCCAGAGAUCCUUCCCACAUCUCCCAAGAAAGGCCUCCGAGUAUCUUCCGAUCGCCGUGGUGCUCAACGAUCAUUCUACUUCUUGAGUCUUCCCUACCGAUACAGUUUACCGCUUAUGCUAGCGUAUACGGUUCUACACUGGUUGGUCUCGCAGAGCAUUUUCUAUGUUCGAGUUGUCAUGUACAAUUCGAGUAUGGAGCAUGAGUCCCAGUACGAUGUGAAUGCGUGUGGCUGGUCGCCUGUGGCCUUCAUAUUCGCUAUCAUCGUGGGUGGAUUGAUGAUCCUCGUAUUAUUGGGUAUGGCACUUAGGCCCUUCCGCUCUUUCAUACCCCUUGCUGGCAGUUGCAGUAUGGCUAUCAGUGCAGCUUGUCAUCCACCUGCAGAUGAUGUGGAUGCAGCAUUGAAGCCGGUUAUAUGGGGCGAGACUGGAGAGCAGACCUCCUCGAUAUCACAUUCUACAUCAUCAACUUCAGUCACUCCGUUGGUUGGGAGUGACAAUGCGGAAGAGAUCAGUCUGGAAUAUUUGGAUAGGAAGCCGAGCGGCGAUGGCAUUGGACAAGAAUGUCGUCACUGCAGCUUUACAUCUUUCAGCGUUAGCAGGCCCGAGAUAGAUCAGACGUAUACAUAG